GGUAACUGUUCCUUCAACCCCAACCCUACCUUUUUUUUUCUCUCUCUCUCUCACUGUUCUUUUCUUUUUUUUUUUCUUUACCCUCCCUCGUUCCGAUACAAAAAUUGCUCCUUCCUUUUCCCUCCACCCUCCAUUAUUCUCCCAACUCUGUUUCUCUGUUUUUCCUCUGAAGAGGAAAACCCUUUUUUGGAUACCUACGUUUCGAAUGCAAAUAGCAAUGGUUAGAAUCAUAAACUCUCUUUCUCAGUGAACAGAGGACAAAAAGAAAUGGGAAAGUACAUGAAGAAAUCUAAGAUAGCAGGAGAUAUAGCAGUGAUGGAAGUUUCCCAUCAGUCAACUUUGGGUUCCCGUACCAGAGCUGCUAAAACCCUAGCUUUGCAAAGACUCCAAAAAACAACCCCUUCUCCGUCACCAGCCCAAGCUGUUGCUUCAACCCCAGAUGUCUCUUCCUUUUCUUAUCUGCAGUUGAGGAGCCGUAGGCUGGAGAAGUUGCCUUCCCCUGUUUCUAAUGAAACCAAACAGAAACAACAGGGGAAAGAGAGUAGUUUCAGAGAAGGGAAGAAGAAUGGUGAGAAGAAAAGUGAAGGGUGUUUUGGUAAAAGCAGGGAAGUUGUUCUGGGAGUGGGGCUUUGCUGUGAAACAGAGGAGGCUUCUUUUGGAGAGAACAAUUUGGAUUUUGAACUCAGAGACAGGAACACUAGAGAAACCACACCAUUUAGCUUGAUAAAAGACUCGGAAACCAUUGUAACCCCUGGUUCGACCACAAGUCUGAGAAGCUCCUCUUCAACUCACCGAAGAAGGUGGAAUGAUGUGCAGAGAUCCAUCCCAACAACACUUGAAAUGGAGGAAUUUUUUGCCUGUGCAGAACAGCAACAGCAGCAACAAUUCAUUGAGAAGUAUAACUUUGAUAUUGUGACCGAUUUGCCCCUUCCAGGACGUUAUGAAUGGGUGCAAUUGAUCCCAUAAGCUGAGCCCCAACAAUUCUACUCCCUGACUGAUUGCAUGCUCAAAGAUUUAAAAGCAGGCAGUGUGGUAUAAUAUUCCCAUUGGUCUUCUGAGUUCAUGUAAAGAUUGAUUGAGCCUUGACUAAGAUGUGUAAUUUAAAGAUCUGGGACAAAACAGAGCUGAUGAAUUACACUAACCAAAUUAUAUACCUGAAAUCCUUUGUUCAAAGGAAAAACAAAUAAUUUAAUGUUCUGCAUUUUCAUCAUUGUUACCGAUUUAGUGGUGCAUCAAUGUUUCUAGGUUUUCUUUUCCUGUCUUUUCUCCAUGUAGUUUCACUUUUGUCUAUACUUGGGUAGGGAUGAACAUGGAUGAUCUCUGGAAAUAAAUGCAAGUCAUUUGAUAUUUAUUUACCUGUGUCUAAUUUGGAUUUAAGUUUGGCUGCUGAUGUCUGUCAGUAAAUCGUAAAAGUAUCCAAUGCAAGAUUUUCUUCAAAAAAAUCAAAUUGUUUUUCUGCUGAAUCUUGCUCCAAUUCAAUGUUUAAAGCACAAUUGGACAUACAAGUUAGAUUUCUAACCACAAAUCAGUUUUU